CUUGGAACGCAGAGUCAGUGUGCCAGCCUGGGCCGGAUGAUCAUCAUGUUGGAGGGGCGCCACCACUGCCAGGAGGAUUGGAUUCGAUAGCAUAUUUAAUCAAGAGCAAGCGUUCAAGCUUGCCAUACGGUAUAAUAAUACAGGCAUUGGGGGAACAACUGCACACGAACCCUUCUUUGGCUUCGGUCAACACACCAUGGGCACUCUAGAAGGCACUCAUUGACGCACGUCUGAGCAAUGCACUGCUGCACAUGGGUGAUGAAUGCAGGACAUACAAGAAGCUGGCCAUGCGCGCAGGCCAAGGUGCUUGCAGGAGCCUGAUGGGGUGGUGCAAUGUUCGGCUUUGUCAGAUACAUCAUCCUUCUUAGCAUUGACCUCUGUAGCUUCUUCUGUUCUCUGUUUCUUGUGGUUUGGAUCCUUGGCUUCUUGCUGUUCAGCUUCACAAGCUUCCAGUUUCUGCGAACUCUCUUCUCGACCCUCACCAUCUGAGGGUUGACCGGCAAGUAGGCUUCUAGCAGCAUUGUAGAAUGUGGAGUCGAUAGAGCGCCGUUCUGACCAGGGACAUGCCCAUGCAUUGAUUGAGGUACAGACAUACGCCCAAGCUUUCUCAGGAUUCUUAGCUUUGACAGCGGCCUCAACCUUUUUAGCAUGUGGGAAGUCCACUUGAAGAGAGCCUCAAAUGGGCACUUCAGCAACCUGCUCUCUGGUUAUAGAUCUACCUCCCUACCAGCGACUGCUCCUCGAAUCUUUGCCCAUGUAGAAGCCCCCAGGGCUAUCAGAGCGUGCUCUUUUCCUUUGAGAUCCUGGAGCCGCACUGUAUGGAGUGGCAUCCUGGCAGCGUCUUUGCUGAGCGGGCCAUGGACUGGUGGUAGCUCUCAAGCUGUCGUCUUGGAAAGCAGACAGGCGAUCAGUGAUGCUCUAGCUCAACAAACUAUGAAGGAUCAGCACUCCAGCCUUCUAAGACAGAGGGUGACAAGCGGCAAGCCAGUCGCUGCCCCGAUGGCCCAGGCAGCGGUUAAAGAAGCAGCCAGUGACACCAAGUCCCCCGUGCGGUCAGAGGGGUACCUGAACGCUAAGGGGCACAACGGUCAAAUCAACCGCGUCUACUACUCUGUCCCCAAAGGCCAGGCUGCCACUCAGAACGCUCUGUACUUUGUUGGGGACUACGUUGACGGCGACGGAGACGCCCUGAUUGAGCGGCUUAACACCGGGGAGGGCGUCGCGGCGACUCUCCUCCCAAAGUUAGACCCGGGGUCAAACCUGUUCAUUGUGUACCCCUCCAUGUACCAGGACCGCAUCUGGGCGUGCUACACCAGCAUGCUCCCCGCCACUAGCCGCACCGGCGAACCCCUGGGCUUCGAUGGGAAAGACCCCAUGGCUGCGCGGCAGCUGGGGGCCCUGCUCCAGGACGCCCUCCGACAAAUUUCGGCCUUCCCUGAGGGGACCCAAGGGGGGAACGAGGAAGCGUCUGCGAACAAUGAAGCGGGCCGGUCAGCAGCCGGACUGCCGGUGGGACAUACGGAGACGUCCGUUCCCGGCGUUUCGGCACCCUCCGCUUCCGCGUUGCCCACUUUCGUCAUGGGCUUCUCCAAGGGUGGGGUCGUGCUGAACGAGAUCCUUGCAGAGAUAGCCGCUCUGGAGGACCGCCGGCCAGCAAGCGGCGCCAGUGGGCGAGAAUCUAAUACCGUGGGGAAGGUGCGCUCAUAUACGAGUUCGUCUGGAGGGGCGAAGUCCUCUGGGGAGGGUUUCAGCGGAGCGGAGGCCUUCCUCGAGAGCAUCACCGAAGUACACUAUGUCGACGUCGGGCUCAUCUGUCCCGGCGCAUACCUUACCGACCCGCAAAAGCUGAGCAACGUGGUGCGGAGGGGGGCAAGGAAUCCUCUUACGAUCGGCCUACAUGGAACCCCCCGGCAGUGGGAAGAGAGGCGGCGGCCAUGGAUAGGGGAGGAGAAGGACCGCAUGCUGGCGACCCUGCGCGCAGAAGCAGCGGCUGCUGGUGCGAACAGUGGCUUCGAGGUCUUUGAGAGGGGCUACUGUGAAGGGGGAAAGGUUGGCAUGAGAAUGCACUUUGAGAUCGUCGAUCUGGCGGACUUUGGACGGCCAGGACCGGCAUAGAAAGAUUCGGGAUAUUGUACAGGAAGCACUGAACUUUAGUGGAAGGAUUGUGUUGUUCUGCUAUUUCGCUGUAAGUCUGCUCUACACUCGAACUAGGUGAAGGAAUAGUGCACCGCUUCUGAAAGGACUCCAUGGUGGCCAAUGAAGCGCACAAUGUCCUUUUGUACAGGCGUGUACUCGAGGCCAGCGGGGUUGAAAGAUUUGACAUGCUCGUCAAAAGCUUCUUAAUCAAAUUACGGGCCAGACCAGGUAGUGGACAGUUGUGCUUGCAUGCAACCGCGUGACAUGCA